AUGGCCGGAGCAACGAAGGUUCGUCGGUUGGCUUCGCAUGUCGAUGUGGUCAAUGGGAACAACAGAGAAGGUGUGGAUGGCGCUCUGGUCGAUGGGAACAAUAGGUACGACUAUGGCAGUACCUUGGAGUAUGACACUGUGGAUGGCGAAUAUGGUGAUUGGGUUAUAUCGUGCUUGACUGUAGCUGAUGAGAUCGCUGGUUCACUUUGUACUGACGAUAUCUUCCAUUAUCAUGCAAUGAUAGACGGAAAUGCCCUCGACUCAAAUUUUGGUUUAAUCAUUUCACAAGAGCAGAAAUUUAAUAUUCGUGAUAUAGCACCUGAAUUUGGAUCUGCAUCUGAGUCAACAAAGGUGCUCAUCAUUGGGAAAUUCACAUGUGAUAGUUAUACAUCCAAAAACAAAUGGUACUAUAAAUGGGUUAUAUCUUGCUCCUUAUCUUUGCCGGAAAACACCAUCACGGCCACCAUUGUAAGCCCCUGUUCUAACAUUGAGAUCUGCACGACCCUAUUUCUUGUUCACUCUUUCAUCCGAUCAUCUUCUACAUUCCACCAACUGCCAUCAAACACUCGUCACCCCAGCCAACAUGCCAUCAUUCACAUCCAGCCACCAUCACCCAACAGUUGA